AAAAUGGCUUUCUGUUGCAUCAUCUUAAUGUUACAACCACUGAACCACUUGCUUACCCUUUUCUAUAUAAACCACUAAUCUUUGUUCACUAAACCACAAACUCAUUCAUUCUCCAAACACAAAUACAAUCAUGAAUGCUCUCUGGUUUUUCUUAGUACUCCUUGCUACAAUGCAUGGAAUACAAGCAGUUGAUUACAGUGUCACCAACAACGCGCUCUCUACUCCAGGUGGAGUACGUUUCCGUGAUCAACUAGGAGCACAAUACGCGACACAAACACUAGAUUCCGCGACACAAUUCAUAUGGAAACUGUUCCAACAGAACACCGCUGCCGAUAGAAAAACCGUGCAGAAGGUGAGUCUUUUCGUAGACGACAUGGAUGGUGUUGCAUAUACAAGCAACAAUGAAAUUCACCUAAGUGCAAGAUAUGUUAAUAGCUAUAGUGGUGAUUUGAAAAAUGAAAUUACUGGAGUUUUGUAUCAUGAAAUGACACAUGUUUGGCAGUGGAAUGGUAAUGGUCAAGCUAAUGGUGGAUUAAUUGAAGGUAUAGCAGAUUAUGUGAGAUUGAAAGCAAAUUAUGCACCUAGUCAUUGGGUGAAAGCAGGGCAAGGAAAUAAAUGGGAUCAAGGUUAUGAUGUUACAGCACGUUUUUUGGAUUAUUGUAAUGGUUUGAGAAAUGGGUUUGUGGCAGAAUUGAAUAAGUUGAUGAGGAAUGGUUAUAGUGAUCAAUACUUUGUUCAGCUUUUGGGGAAAACGGUUGAUCAACUGUGGAAAGAUUAUAAGGCAAAGUAUGGCAAUAUUGCCUAAUUAAGGAUACAUAAAUUAUAGUAGCAGUAGCUUAUGUAUUAAGUUAAGAAUAAGCGACUUUGUCUUUAUGUCGUGUAAGUUUGUAUCAAAAUUUAAAUAUUGAAACUUAUGACUUAAUCUAUGAUCUAUAAGAAAA